AUGGCUGUGGUAGAAGAAAAACAAGAUUACACUGAAGAUGGUACUGUGGAUCUUAAAGGCAGACCAGUAUUAAGAUCAAAGACUGGAGGGUGGAAAGCUUGUUCCUUCUUAGUAGGGUAUGAAGUAUUUGAGAGGAUGGCAUACUAUGGGAUUUCAUCAAACCUGGUGUUGUAUCUAACAAUAAAGCUGCAUGAGGGCACUGUGAAAUCUGCAAACAAUGUGACCAACUGGGUAGGUGCAGUAUGGAUGACUCCAAUUGCAGGGGCUUACAUAGCAGAUGCAUAUUUUGGCCGAUAUUGGACCUUCGUAUCUGCAUCAGUCAUUUACUUUUUGGGGAUGUGCUUGUUGACUCUAACAGUUUCCUUACCAGCACUGAGGCCACCACCAUGUGGAGAAGGAGUCAUCGAAGAAGAGGACUGCCAAAAAGCAUCGUCAUUGCAAGUGGGUAUGUUCUUUUUGGCCUUGUACAUCAUAGCAGUAGGCACAGGAGGAACCAAGCCCAACAUCUCAACCAUGGGAGCAGACCAAUUUGAUAACUUUGAGCCAAAAGAGAAAUCCCAGAAGCUUUCAUUCUUUAACUGGUGGAUGUUCAGUAUCUUCUUUGGAACCCUUUUCUCCACCACGUUCCUAGUUUACAUACAAGACAACGUGAGUUGGUCCCUUGGCUAUGGGUUCCCAACAGCUGGGCUCGCUUUCUCAGUGAUGGUGUUUUUGGUGGGUACUCCUUUUUAUAGGCACAAAUUGCCCUCAGGCAGCCCUUUGACCAGAAUGGUUCAGGUCGUUAUGGCUUCUAUAAGGAAGUGGAAGGUGCACGUACCAGAAGACCCAAAGGACCUACAUGAGCUAAGCAUGAACGAGUAUGCAAGCAAAGGAAGAUACAGAAUGGAUCACACUUCUUCAUUAAGAUUCCUCGACAAAGCUGCAACGAUGACUGGCCAAACUUCACCAUGGAUGCUUUGUACAGUUACCCAAGUUGAAGAAACCAAACAAAUGAUGAAGAUGAUUCCUAUUUUAGUUGCGACGUUCAUUCCAAGCACUUUGAUAGCUCAAGGGGGAACACUUUUCGUCAGACAGGGGACCAAACUAGACAGGAGUAUGGGCCCGCAUUUUGAUAUCCCUCCAGCAUGUCUUGUUGCAUUUGUGACUAUUUUCAUGCUGAUAAGCCUUGUAAUCUAUGACCGUCUUUUUGUUCCUGUUAUGCGGCGCUACACCAAGAACCCUAGAGGGAUCACGAUGCUGCAGAGAAUGGGCACUGGCCUUGUGUUGCACACCAUUAUCAUGGUGAUUGCGAGCUUAGUUGAGAGAAAGAGACUGAGUGUUGCAAGAGAGAGGCAGCUUUUGGGAAUUAAGGAUGUAACUCCUCUUUCUAUAUUCAUCCUCCUCCCUCAGUUCGGUUUGGCAGGGAUUGCUGAUACUUUCGUGGAAGUUGCAAAGUUAGAGUUCUUUUAUGAUCAAGCUCCAGAAGGCAUGAAAAGUCUGGGCACGUCAUAUUUUAGUACCAGCGUGGGAAUUGGACAUUUUCUCAGUUCUUUCAUUCUGUCAACCGUUGCUGAUGUUACCAAGAGAUAUGGUGGCAAGGGUUGGAUUUUGGACAAUCUCAAUGUGUCUCAUUUAGAUUACUACUAUGCAAUCUUGGCCGUCCUGAGCUUUCUCAACUUUCUGUUCUUUUUGGCUGUUUCCAAGUCAUUCGUGUAUACUGUUGAUUUUACGGAAACCAAAACGGACUUGGAGAUGGAGGAUUCAACAAAGAAAACUUUGUCCUCUCAGGACAAGAUCGACCUAAGCCUGCAGUUCCCGCGGCUGGGGGCAGCCAACUACGAUUAG